UUGAACUCGGAGGAAUCGGAACACUGCAGCAGUGUGCUGUACAGUUACAGUAUGAGGUCUGCCUGGUUGGCACCUCUUCUUCUGCUCCUGCUCCUGACAGCAGGAGUUUGUGUCACAGGUGAGGAGGCGAGCAACAAGCCCAACUUUGUGCUGAUGAUGGUGGAUGACCUCGGUAUUGGGGAUGUCGGUUGCUAUGGUAACGACACCAUCAGGACUCCCAACAUAGACAGACUAGCCUCUGAGGGGGUGAAGCUGACUCAGCACAUUGCAGCUGCACCCCUCUGCACCCCGAGCCGGAGCGCCUUUAUGACAGGCCGUUAUGCCCUCCGCUCAGGGAUGGGCAGCACGGGGCACGUUCAGGUCCUGCUGUUCCUUGCGGGUUCAGGCGGGCUUCCACCCAGCGAGACCACCUUCGCUAAGAGGCUGCAGCAACAAGGAUACACCACCGGCCUAGUGGGUAAAUGGCACUUGGGUGUGAACUGUGAAUACAGAGGGGAUCACUGUCAUCAUCCGAACCAGCAUGGUUUCAGCUACUUCUACGGCCUCCCAUUCACCUUGUUCAAUGAUUGUGUGCCUGGAGAGGGCCACGAUGUGCUGGCAGAUCUCCAGGAGACACUCCAACAUCUUAUGAUGGUGCUUGGAGUUGGCCUUGUCACGCUGGUGUGUGUCCGUCUGUGUGGCCUUUUUGAAGUGCGCCUGUGGCUCCUGGUCCUACUUUUCUUUCUUUGUAUCCUAGCAACCGCUGUGUGGUAUGUGCCCUUUAUGCUUCUGCCAACCUGGAACUGCAUCAUCAUGAGGAACCAAGAAGUGAUCGAGCAGCCAAUGACUGUGGAGACGCUGCCCCAGAGACUGCUGGGAGAAGCACAAAAUUUUAUAAAGAGGAAUGCUGAUCAUCCAUUCCUCCUCUUUUUCUCGUUGGCCCACAUUCACACACCACUGUUCAAAACUCCAGCCUUUGCCGGCAAAAGUCAUCACGGUCGCUACGGUGACAAUCUGGAAGAAGUGGAUUGGAUCAUUGGUAAAGUAACAGAGACAGUGGAUUCCCUCGGCAUCGCCAACAAUACUCUCAUGUACUUUACAUCAGACCACGGUGGACAUCUGGAGGUUUCUGAUUUGCAAACUGGCCAGAAAGGAGGCUGGAAUGGCAUUUAUAAAGGUGGGAAGGCUAUGGGGGGCUGGGAAGGGGGCAUCAGGGUACCUGGUAUUUUCCGCUGGCCUGGCAGACUAGCAGCAGGAAAAGUGGUGGAUGAACCUACAAGCCUCAUGGAUCUGUACCCAACACUGAAAUAUUUAGCCAAGGACACACAGCCAGACAGAGAACUGGAUGGCUACAAUCUAAUGCCACUAUUGGAGGGGAAAGCUGCACGAUCAGAACAUGAAUUCAUGUUUCACUACUGUGGCAUCUACCUGAACGCAGUACGCUGGCAUCCACCAGGCAGUGACUCCAUUUUCAAGGUGCACUUUUUCACUCCCAACUUUUCCCCCCCGGGAGCCGGUGGAUGCUAUGAGACUGGGGUUUGUCUUUGUCAUGGAGAACACGUGACGCACCACACCCCACCUCUGGUGUAUGACCUCUUUCAUGAUCCAUCAGAGUCUCACCCAUUGACCCCUGAUACAGAGCCGCGAUUCGCUAAAAUACUUGAGCAGACUGCCAAAGCUGUAGAGAGACAUAAAAGCACCCUCACCAAUGAACAGGCAUCUGAUGACGCUCAUUCACACGCCAGCACAGCUGCUCAGGGUGUUGAAGGCCAGAUGACUUGGAACAAGAUUCUGUGGAGACCCUGGCUUCAGCCCUGCUGUGGGACGUUUCCAUUCUGUGGGUGCAAAGAGGACACAGCAUAAUUAUAGACAAAAAAAUCCUCCAGAAAACAGGGCUUUUUAUAAAACAGUAUUCCUGUCUAAGUUAAGUUACACUGCCUGUCCAAAAAAAAGUCGCUACCUGGAUUUAACUAAGCAAAUAGAUAAGAGCCUUCCAUUGGAUAAUUUCUGCAGUGAUGAAUAUGUUUCAGCUGCAACAACUUAUUUAACCCUAGCUGAUGCAGUGAGGAGCUUCUCAUUUCUUAAACAACCAUGUCGGAAGACAAAUCCUGUGGUCGUGGAAAGGAUGUUAAUCUGUCUCAGAAGGUUCAAAUUAUUGGCCUGCAUCAAGCAAAGAAAACAACUAAGGAGAUUUCUGCUACUACUAAAAUCAGGUUCAGAACUGUCCAAUGCAUUAUUAAAACCUGGAAGGAUAGUGGUGAACCAUCAUCUUCGAAGAACAAAUGUGGUCGGUCAUGUGGUCCGACGAGUCCAGAUUUACCCUGUUCCAAAGUGAUGGGGGCAUCAGGGUAAGAAGAGAGGCGGAUGAAGUGAUGCACUCAUCAUGGCUAGUGCCUACCGUGGGAGUACUGUUAUGAUCUGUGGUUGCUUCAGCUGGUCAGGUCCAGGUUCAGCAACAUUAUGUGCCCAAGGAAUGAUGUCAGCUGACUACCUAAGUCUGCUAAAAAAUACCAGGUCUUUCCAUCAGCGGAGUCUUUCCAUCAGCGGCAUUUUUCAGUAUGACAAUGCAAGGAUUCAUGGGGCUCACACUGUGAAUGACCGACUCAGGGAGCCUUCAUUUUCACACAUGGAUUGUCCUCCAUAGAGCCCAAACCUCAGCCUCACUGAGAAUCUUUGGGAUGUGCUGGAGAAGACUUUGCACAGUGGUCCAACUAUCCCAUCAUCAAUACAAGAUCUUGGUAGAAAAUUAAUGCAUCUCUGGACAGACAUAAAUGCUGUGACUUUGCUGAAGCUUAUUGAAACGAUGGCACGGCAAACGUGCGCCGUUCUGAGCUAAAGGCGGUUCAACGAAAUAUUAGUGUGCAACUUUUUUUUGGACGAGCAGUGUAUAAUAUUUAACUUAAUUCAGACAGGACACUUUGCCAGAUGUAAUCAUUUAUUUCUUAUAAUGACAUGCAUUUGCGUGUGGUGGUGACUCUGCUCAAGCAUGACUCAGACAGUCCCUGAGACCACAAACCACUCAGCAGAGCCUAAGAUUCGCAGCGUUUGAAUGAAUACAGUGAGAACACAGAAACAAGGAGACCAACUUAAAUGGUCGUCAUCAUACAUACUCCAAUUUAAAUAGUUUUAACAUACGGUUAUGAACAAUCUGGGUUCUGCAGACCCACAAAAUAUGAGAAACAUCCAUUCCCUUAAUUCUUUAUUCCUCUACGGAUUAAAAAGUGUCUCUGAAUGAGUAGUUCAGGUUUGCGGCUUUUUGAGAUGAAAAGAAAAGAUGCGCACUGCUCCCAGCUGGCUGCUCGUCCACUUCCACCAUCUGAACAGAGUAGAUGCUGAGGUGCUGCAGCUCUCUUUGUAAAAUUGUGAGAGUUAUGAAAUUGAAUCUUUGAAAAGGAGGAGGUUGGGGAGGAGCGGGAGAUUUGCAGAUCUGUAGAGGCUGGUGUAACAGCGAUGUGGUGAGCGUGGAGCAAAUAGAAUGAAUGAAUGCUGUCUCAGUUAUAAAGCACACUAAGUGGGUGGAAUAGAAAACAAUUGGACAGAAAAGGGCCUUGUGCCACGCUGGCUCUGUGUCUGUAUGAACUAGCACGAAGCUCCACUAGUUUACUGUUGUAGAUCAGGGUGCUUUCAAGGAUUUUCAAAGAUACAAGAAUUCAUUGAUAUGUUAUGAAUAGGUUUGGCUUGCCUUUGUGUAAAAAUCCUUCUACCAUGCUGGGGGUUUUUUAAGCAAUUUGAAGAUUCAUUGACCAACAUUAAUGACCAACAUUGUACAACACAACUGAUUGUCUUGUAAACGACAGCAGACUUGCAGCAAAAAGUACAUAUUGUUAAAUGAAAAAUAUGAUGAAAAGUACACAUUAAAAUUAGACAAAAUCACGAAGAUAAUAGCAAUUCAAAUAGCAUUAAAAUGCACCAAAGUAACUGGAGAUUAAACAUUGCACUGACUGCACUACGUCUGUGGUCACUCUUGAUGCUCUUGUUUUGUACUGGAAAAAUUUGCUUGCUUGUCUUACAUGCUGCAAUAAUAAAGUUAUUUGAAUAAAA